ACAGUAGGGGGAGCUGUGGCUGACGACACCCAGCCGCCCAUCACUCUGCACCCCAGCGUGUCCCCCAUCAAACCUCACUUGGACACAAAAUUAAUCUUCACUUCCUCUCACUGCCUCUCUGCGCCGGGCGAGGGGUCCCUGGGUAACCAGCCGCCUACACUCUGAGACUUACUUUUUGCAUCUGCAGACAGCUGGUAUCUCCUGCACCGCUAACUUCCUCUCCUGACUCUCCCCAGACUCCAGCUCCAACUCCGCUCCUACAGCCCCGCUAGCCAGGCGGCAUGAAGUUGGAGCCGGGGCUGAGCAGCGACCCGCAGCUGCAGUUCGUGGUGGCGACGGAGAAGGAGUUUGAGGAGAUCCUGGCCAUGUCGAAGGGCAUCUACGGGGGCCUGGAUUAUCUCCCCAGCCGCUACCAUGCCUGGAUCCGCGAGCCCAACCGCACCGUGGUGCUGGCCAAGAAAAACGGAGUAGUGAUCGGGCUGCAGUCAGUCUGCGUGGUGGAUGCCGGGGAGACGGCGCUGGUGGAGGGGCUGCGUGUGGCGCCCUGGGAGCGGGGCAAGGGCGUGGCCGGCGUCCUGCAGCGGUUCUGCACCGAGCUGGUCAAGGAGCAGCACCCCGGGGUCAAGGUGUCGCGGCUGACGCGGGACGACAAGCUGGGCCCCAAGGACUUCAAGAAAUACCGGCUGAUCACCAAGCAGGGCAUCCUGCUGGUGCGGUUCAACGCGGCGGAGCUGCUGGCCCGGCUGGACACGGCCGUGGCCCAGCUGCGGGCGGGCGGCUUCCAGCCGCUGCCCACGGAGGCGCUGGAGCCGGGCGAGGUGCGGGGCCUGGUGCUGAGCCCGGCCUUCCAGAGCGAGGUCCUGCCCAACCGCACCAUCAUCCAGGACUGGCAGCCCUACAAGCCCAGCGAGCCCAACCUGGCCCUGCUGCAGCAGAAGCAGCUGCACUGGGUGGUGGAUUGCAAGGCCCGGCCCACGGCCGCCUCCCUCUGCACCCAGCCCUUCCCCAUCCCGCUGGGCGAGGACUGGGUCUACCUCAACAUCGACGCCUUCGGCCGCCACCCCGCCCAGCUCAAGAGCCAGCUGCUGCACCACCUGCGGGCCCGCCUGCCCGCCCUGCGGGGCAACGUCAUGUGCCAGCUCUUCCUGGAGCCCGGCCUCUGGGGGGAGCUGGCCGAGUUCUGCCGGGCCGGCCUGCGGCUGGAGCUGGCCAAGGGCUACACCGAGCAGUACCUGCUGGAGGCGGAUAUCUAGGGAGCUGGGGGGCAGGGGGAUACUCCCCCCCCCACUUCCUGGCCCUGCAGAAGCACUUUCUGAGCCUUGUUUCUCAUCCCUCCCCAACCCGUUCCUGGCCCCCUAGAGGAACUCCCCUAGGAGACGUGACCCCCCCCACCCGCUUGGCAAGCCCUAGCGAUGGUCGAUAGAGCUGAGCAACGGUCGGCAUGGCGAUGGAACCUAGUGAUGCAACAGAGCCCAGUGAUGGUUGACGGAGCCUAGCAACAAUUGACAUGGUGCCAGGCCCCAGAUGGUUGACAUGAUGAUGGAGCCCAGUGAUGGUUGAUGGAACCUAGCAACAGUUGACAUGGCAACGGAGUCCAGUGAUGGUUGAUGUAGCCUAGCAACAGUUGACAUGGAUACAGAGCCUGGUGAGGGUUGGCAUGGCGAUGGAACCCACUGAUAGUUGAUGGACCAUAGCAACUCUUGACACGAUGACAGAGCCCAGUGAUGAUUGAUGAAGCCUAGCAACAGUUGACAUGGUGAUGGAGCCCAGUGAUGGUUGUCAUGGCGACAGAGCGCAGUGAUGGUUGAUGGAACCUAGCAACAGUUAACACAGUGCCAGGGCCCAGUGAUGGUUGGCUUGACAAUGGAGCCCAGUGAUUGUUGAUGGAGCCUAGCAACAGUUGACAUGGUGACAGAGCCCAGUGAUGGUUGAUGGAGCGUAGCAACAGUUGACAUGGUGACAGAGCCCAGUGAUGGUUGAUGGAGCCUAGUAACAGUUGACAUGGUGACGGAGCCCAGUGAUGGUUGAUGGUGCCCAGCAACAGUUGACACGGUAACAGAGCCCGGUGAUGGUUGAUGGAGCCUAGUAACAGUUGACAUGGUGACGGAGCCCAGUGAUGGUUGAUGGUGCCCAGCAACAGUUGACACGGUAACAGAGCCCGGUGAUGGUUGGCAUGACAAUGGAGCCCAGUGACGGUUGAUGGAGCCUAGCAACAGUUGACACAGUGACGAAGCCCAGUGACGGUUGAUGGAGCCUAGCAACAGUUGACACGGUGACGGAGCCCAGUGAUGGUUGAUGGAGCCUAGCAACAGUUGACACGGUGACAGAGCCCAGUGAUGGUUGAUGGAGCCUAGCAACAGUUGACACGGUGACGGAGCCCAUUGAUGGCUGAUGGAGCUGAGCAAGAGUUGAUGUGAGAAUGGAGCCUAGUGACGGUUGGCAUGGCAACAGAUCCCAGUGAUGGUUGAUGGAGCCUAGCAACAGUUAACAUGACAACAGUGCCCUGCAGUGGUUGACAGACCCUCCCACAGGCUGCUGGAUCCCUGAGAUGGUCGCCAUGCCGACGGAGCCCUAGCAAUGGCUGCUGGAAACCCAUGUGCAGGGCUCAGCUCUCCCCUCCCCCUAAAAAACCCGCCUGGAAGCCAGGCCUAGAACCCCCCCCCCCCCAGUGAUGCCUCUAAACUGAGUAACGUGCAAUAUAGAGUCUCGUAAACGGAGAUAUAUUUAUAAAGUCGCCUGCAACAUGAAUCCUUCCCCCUCAUCGUGCCAUUAGAGCCCCCCCCAGCGCUAGAGCCCAUCCCCCCCAUCCCGCCGCUGGAUCGCCGCCCCCCCCCGGCACUACACACUAAACCCUCCCCACCGCCAGCGCAUUUCCUCUCCCUGCCCCGCCCCGGGGAGGUCAGGAGCAGGGAUCCUGCCUCCCUCCCUUGGGGCAUUAACUUGUGGGGUGCCCCUCCCACCCGCUUUGCCUUUGCUCUCCCAGGCUGGGCUGAGCCCACUGUGUUAUUAACGCUAGUCUCUGAUCCAGGUUAGAUCAGCGAUCCCCCCACCCCAACUCCGGGGCUGAACAGAAUGGGGGGGGGGCUGGGGGCCCUGGUUUCUUACCCCCCAAGCUGUGAUUCCCUCCCCCCAUCCCAUGUGGCAAUAAACCCC